AUGUCUUCUGACGACUCUCUUCGAAGUUCUUUGAUGAUAAGAAAUGACAAAUCAGAAGCAAAUUCGGAUUUUGUCCGUGAUGAAAAUGUUGUGGCCGAAAUCGGAAGUGAGAAUAAAUCGGACGCAACUCAGAACUGUCCGAAGCACAAAGCUUCUAAGACAACAAAUAAUAAGGUGAGAACGCGUGAUCGUAUCUCUAAUUUAGAAUCCAAAUUGGAUAAAUUUCUUGAGGUUUUUGACCAACGAUCUUUUAUUGCCCCCACUUUUGAGGCGGCUUUUGAGAAGCAUCGGAAAAUUGACAAAUCACAAAGAUUUGAUCAGACUAGGCCUAUUCGUGAUAAAUCACAAAGAUUUGAACAAACUAUUGUUGACCAAUCUCAAAGAUUGGACAACUAUAACAAUGCUUAUCAAGAUGAGGCUUCAGCAAAAAGGGCAAAAUUCAAAAAUUAUAAAUCUAUUAUUUCUUCCAGUGAGGAGGAUGAUGUGUUGUCAUUACAGCCAGGGCAGAGCGAAAUUAAUUGCUUUUCUUCAGACUAUGCUCAGUCUGAUGAGAAUAACUGUAUGCCUGUUUUAGAAAAGGAAGUUGUGCCUUCUACCAAAGAAUCUAAUGUUAAUGUCACAGACAAGAGCCUUUUCGAUAUUUUCGAUAUUUUCGGGAAGGAUGCCCUUAAUCUCAGUGAAGAGUCGGUUUUAAUCAACUAUGCAUCUUUAUGGCCAUCGCAAACACAACACUUGCUACCCGAUUUUCAAGCGCGCAAACGCAAGAGCAGUGUAGUACAACAACCUGAACCUAUCAAGAGGGGUCGUUUGUCAUAUAAACCUUAUGAACCUGCUAAUUAUAACACCAGUUCUAAUUAUAGUUUUCGUGCCAAACGGUUCACAGAGAGGUACCAAGACAAGAAGCCAUACACCAGGGGCUAUGACAGAAAGCCUAACUUUAAGUCAGGAAAGGCUUACCGACCCAACAAGAAGUCUAAUGAAUGA